CUGUAGCGUUCCAACAUGGGAAUAUACUGGCCGCCCAGCCUUUGGGGUGUGGUCUACCAAUCAGAUUUGUGGUGACACGUGACUACAAUCGGGCCAAUCAUGGAGCUGUUACCGGACGAAUUAAUGAACUACACUGAACUGAAUGAAAGUUUGUCCAACUCCCACUGCCUCAAUUUGAGCAACGAGAGGGCGGCACGGGGCAUCCUGUUCAACGCUGCGGGCAGCGCCCUCAUCGUUGGAAUCAUGCCAUUUUUGACCGCUUUGGGUUUGAGCUCCAACUUUGCAUUUCUCUAUGUUGUCUACAGCAGGCCAAAGAUGCGAACGGUCACCAACGCCUACUUGGCCAACCUUGCUGUGGCUGACAUAUCCUUUUUGAUUUCGGCUACCAUACCGGCUAUUGUACAGUACAACGCAUCAAAGAUCGUGUUCGACCAGUUAGCCAUAGGCGUUACCGGAUGCAUCAUUGUAAACUACGUCAUCCUCAUAUUCUUCUACGCUUCGGUCUUCAUGGUAUUCCUGGUAUCGUUGGAGAGGUAUGGCGCCAUCUGCCGUCCAUUCCACCAAAGGGUCGUCAUGGGGAGGGCGCGAACUACAAAACUCAUCAUCGGGGCGUGGACGAUAGCCGUUAUUUUUUCGUCGUUAGUAAUACCCUCGUUAGCCAGUUUAAAGAUCACCUGCGUCACGUGGCCAGAAGGGGAAGAAUUCCAAUCGUACCCGUCGCAGUUUGGAGUGUGCGUACCUCUGGAGGACUGGGUGAACUACGUUUCCAACGGCUUCAAAAUGGUGCCCUUCUUCACGGCCAUGUUUAGCAGCGGGUACAUCUACACGAAAAUCGUGAUACAACUCAAUAAGAAGAUCCCUGGGUUGGCCCAUAGGAGGCGGUAUAACAAAGCCAUGAGCCGCGUGCUGCGGUCACGCAAACAGAUCGCCGUUAUGCUGAUCGCGACCGGGGUCAUCUUCUUCCUCUGCCAGGCACCUGCGCAGAUCACUACACUGGCCAGAAUAAUUACGGACAAUCCCGACAUUAAGCCGCUACUCGACGACGGCCAGCGGGGCAUCGUGCAAUGGGUCAGCCGGGUACUGUUGUUCAUCAACUCGGCGGUCAACCCGAUCGUGUACAACGUGACCAACUCGAAAUACCGGAAAGCCUUUGUGGAGACCUACAUUUGCAAGCAGAGAAAGAAAGUGUCGCUGCAAACGAUCUCUAUCAAAUCCCUGUAUAUACCAAACGGAGGCAGUACGGAAUUCUACAGAAAUAACAACUUGGAACUCAAUACGCUCUGAUAAUGACCAACUUCGGUUGAAUAGAGGUCAAUAUUAAUGGCAAAUCAUUAUACCAAAACAAUGUAAAUAAAAUAUGACUUUCCAAACUGUCUCCCUCGCACAGUGAUAACACGUGAGUUUUUGUAGCAAAUAUAUUUUUGCAUCGGAAAAAGGAUCACUGCCAAAUAUGUUUUACUAUAAUUUUUUUUAAAAUUGUGUUUGAAACAACCUCAGACUUUGAUAGAAAGCUAGAAAAUGCUAAGGUUUGGGUUUUUUGUUGAUGACAAAAGCCAAUGCGGAGUUCUAAUUUUGUUGGGUCCUUUAUUGAAGGAAGUAAACAUUUGUUGGGAAAUUAGAUUAGCCACCAAAGCAGCUCAUCUUAAACUUUAGAAAAAAGUGGAGUCUAAGUCACUAGUGCACUGCGUACCAUCAGUGGCAAGGAGGAGGGGCAACUUUCCCCCUGGUGACAUUUGGACUUUUUAAAGAGAGACAGAAAAGUAGGGGGAGGAGUUAAAAGUACGAAAUGAUAGCACCAGUGCCUCACAAACAGUACUUAUAAUAAUAGGCAAACACCAUCCUGCUUUUCACAAAGUGUACAAUUCCGUGCAAAAUAUGCGUGAAGCAAUCAUAGAACAGAAAUGUAUUGGUAUUAAUCUAAAAAAGUUUCGGUAAAAUGCUAAUAAUAGACACUGAGAAAAUGUGAUCACAAAAUUGGGCACAAAAAUGGAGGACAAAGGCUAGUUUCACCAAGACCUAAGGCUUUAAACUCCAUCUAACUAAGUAGAUUUUAAGCUGAGGUAAUGACCUCUUUUUGGAGAACAUGGGUGUGUGCUGUUUGCAAACUUGAUGAAGCAAUAGAUUUUAUUCACGAGUCGGCCAUAUUAAAUUGUAAGCGAGGCAACCUCUUCCUUUUUUUGGAACUU